CCCUAUUCUCUCUCUCUCUCUCUCUCUCUCUCUCUCUCUCUCUCUCUCUCUCUCUCUGUGUAUAUAUAUACACAUAUUUUUACAUAGAUAGAUAGAUUGAUUGAUUCUAUUCUGAAAUAAUCAAGUCUGGCGCUCUGAUCAGUCGUAUAUGCCCUCCUCCGUUGCUCCUCAGCUCUGCAGCAGCAGCAGCAUUCUUACUACUAUUAGGUUUUGAUCGAUAUAUAUAUAUAUAUAUAUAGAUCGAGUGAUUGUGUGAGAGGGGGAUGAUGGCGAUGGGGAAGUGGCGGAAUCUGAUGCACCUCUUUGUGACGGUGUUCCUGUCGUAUUUCGCUUCGUUGGUGGUGAAUCCCACCAUUGCUGAUGUCACCAUGGAAGCUGUGUGCCCUGGCAAGGACGAAUGCUCCCUCGCCAUAUAUCUCUCUGGUUUCCAGCAGGCGAUUGCAGGGAUAGGGUCGGUGAUAAUGAUGCCACUGAUUGGUAAUCUAUCUGAUAGGUAUGGGCGUAAGGUUCUGCUCACCAUACCGUUGAGCAUAGCCAUCAUUCCAUUCGCCAUACUGGGGGUGAAGAGGAGCAAGGAAUUCUUCUACGUGUACUAUGUGACCAAAACCCUAACAGCGAUGGUGACUGACGGAGGAGUGAUGUGCAUCUCGGGGAGUUAUUUGGCAGACAAUGUCGGAGAGGGAAGCCGCGUCUCCGCCUUCGGAAUUCUGUCGGGAGUAGUCUCUGCUGCCACAGUCUGCGGAACAUUGGCGGCUCGCCUGCUCCCCAUCGCCACCAUAUAUCAGGUGGCCACAGUUGUAGCCGUCGUUGCUGCGCUUUACAUGAGGAUCUUUCUCGAGGAGAAGGAGAAGGAGACGACGACCACCGCCUCUACUUUGGAGCACCCAAUCUUAAAACCUGCUUCUGCCUCUGCCUCUGCAGGAGGAGGUCCUAUCAAAAACGUUAUUCCAAUGCCAAAGGAUAUAAUUCGCUUGCUCAAGAGCAGCGUUACCGUGUCGCUGGCAUCAUUUGUCGCAUUCUUUAACAGUCUCGCUGAGGCAGGAGUUCAAGCUUUCUUAAUGUAUUACUUGAAGGCGCGGUUCCACUUCCAGAAAGACCAAUUUGCUGACAUAUGGCUCAUCACCUACAUUGCGGCUACCAUCUCCAACAUGGUGCUAAUGCCCACGCUUGGACUCCUUGUAGGAGAGGAGACCCUGCUUUGUAUUGGACUUUUUGCUGGAUUCCUUAAUAUGCUACUUGACAGCGUAGCCUGGGCAACUUGGGUACCAUAUGCUUCGGCUUUGUUGGGCAUCUUCCUUUUCCUAGCAGCUCCUAGUAUAAGAUGCAUUAUUUCAAAACAGCUUGGACCCUACGAGCAGGGGAUUGGGCAAGGAUGCCUGAUGGGCAUUGCCUCAUUUGCCAACGUCAUCUCUCCAUUAAUUUACAGUCCUCUUUCAGCUUUAUUUUUGUCGGAUGGAGCUCCAUUCUAUUUCCCUGGAUUCAGCAUGCUCUGUGUAGGACUUGCUUGGUUCAUUGCCUUCAUUCUUAGCAUCGUCAUCAAGUUCCGGCCAUUCUUCUCCAGAGACGCAGCAACCCAGAGAAGUCAAGACCAUCAACGCCAGCCUUGCUUAUUGGCAUAACACCCACCUAACCUACUCCGCCUACGGAUACCACAAAAGCCAUCCAUCCAUCCCCCAAACUCCCUCAAUUUCCAGCUGCCUGCACCGCACUCAUUCUCUAACCACAAGUUUGUUGUUGCUGCUGCUUGCUUCAGAAACACACUAGUUAGAGCAACACUGGUUUUCUUUUCUUCCUUUAUUUAUACAUAUAUAUAUAUAUAUAUUUAUAAUUCAUGUAUUUGUAAAACUGUAAAUACAACACAACUACCACUUACAUCAUUCGUCUCACAGAGAGAAUUAUCACAGGCUCUGCCUUUUGAGUGCUUAUAUAUACACCCAAGGUGAAACAGGUGAAGAUAUUCUUCUGAUAUUGAGCAAUGGUUCCAGUAGAAGUAUCCUGGAAAGGAGCAAGAACAUGUCAGUGAGAGAGCAAGUGAGCGGGAAGAAAACCAAAAAGAAGACAGGCAGAUCCUAACACUGCAAAACACUAAAUUAAAAUCAAAACCAAUGCAAGUUCAGCAAUAACAAAACAUCCACAAGAGAGGCUACCUACCUUAGAUUCACUGG